AUGCAAGAAGACGUAGGAAGUAAUAGCAAUCCAAAUACUGGUGCCGGUAACACUGUUUCUAACUUAUCUAGUGCUCUGCGGCAGGUCCAUCUAGGAAACAGUAAUACUACAACAGACCAAAGUAAUAUAGCAAUCGAUUUCAAUAAUCGAACUAACCAGCAGCAGUUAAUCGAUGAACUGAAUAGAAACGCAAUUGAAUCUCAUAAUGCCCAACUACAGGCCCAAGGACAAGAGCUUUUAAAGGAUCAGCGGAAUCAAGCUGGUCAACAGCAGCAACACCAGCAGGCACAACAGAUUUUACAACAGUCAUAUGGGGGUCCAAGUUUGAUUGAUAGUUCAAGAAUUACAAAGUUCUUUCAGCAUCAGCCUAUGGAAGGUUAUACUUUGUUUUCACAUCGGUCAGCUCCCAAUGGGUUCAAGGUUGCUAUUGUUUCAAGUGAAUUGGGGUUAAAUUACAACAACAUUUUCUUGGAUUUUAACUUGGGUGAGCAUAGAGCUCCAGAAUUUGUUGCGAUUAAUCCAAACGCUCGUGUUCCAGCCUUAAUUGAUCAUAGCCUUGACAAUUUAUCUAUCUGGGAAUCUGGCGCUAUUAUAUUGCAUUUGGUCAACAAGUAUUACAGAGAAACCGGAAACCCAUUGUUAUGGUCUGAUAAUUUGGCUGAACAAGCGCAAGUAAAUUCCUGGUUAUUUUUUCAAACUUCAGGACAUGCUCCCAUGAUCGGGCAAGCCUUGCAUUUCAGAUAUUUCCACUCACAGAAAGUUCCAAGUGCUGUUGACAGGUACACAGAUGAAGUGAGAAGGGUUUAUGGGGUUGUUGAAAUGGCUUUGGCUGAACGAAGAGAGGCAUUAAUUAUGGACUUAGAUUCCGAAAAUGCUGCCGCAUAUUCGGCCGGUACUACUCCUUUAACUCAAAGCAGAUUUUUUGACUACCCAGUUUGGUUAGUCGGUGACAAGAUUACCAUUGCAGAUUUAUCAUUUGUACCAUGGAAUAAUGUAGUGGACAGAAUUGGAAUUAACAUAAAGGUUGAGUUCCCUGAAGUUUACAAAUGGACGAAGCAUAUGAUGAGAAGGCCCGCAGUUAUCAAAGCCUUGCGUGGAGAAUAA